GUUCUCGGGGAACAAUAGCUAACUUACUUGCUAGCUAACUACAGUUGUGUUUCCUGGCUAGCGAUGUAGGCUACUCGUUGACUUCAAUUCACUCUUGUUUUUACCUUGCAACUUUUUUAGAAAGAUCGUUUAGUUAGCUAUGAUAAUUAGCUGUCUAGUAGUUGUCGCCGAUGCAUCUAGUUGUAUUUGUAGCUAGAUAAAUUAACCGGGAACUACCUAAAUGUUAGCUAAUUGCACGUUGCUGACUAACUAGCAUAAUUUAGUUGUCUACAUUAAAUUUUAACCAGCGAACUUGAGUUGGCCCCCUAUAUUUAAGACGCUCCAACACGAAGAGAACGGCAGAAAGAAUGCUGGGCGACUGUGGGAUGCAGGACCGUGAGAAGAAGGCGUUGAGGAAGCACUCGGUGUCGCUGUGUAAAGAUCUGGUGGUGGAUGAACUCCUAGUUCAAGCGCUACAGGCGGACGGCAUUCUCACUGACAACAUGGCAGAGGGUAUUCUGGCUGAGAAGACGUCCCAGAAGAAGAGCUGGCUUCUAUUAUCUCUCCUGCCAAAACGGGGACCCAGAGCCUUCAGCAGCUUCUGUGCAGCUCUGAGAGAGACGGAGCAGCAGCAUCUCUGCACAAUGCUCACGGAGUACCUUGAGAGAGACAAAGAGAGGUGUAUAGACUCGCCCCUGCCCUUGCCUACCCAGGACACCACGAAAAACAAAAGGCUCAGGACUCACGAGUCGAUGGAGAUGUGCCUGGAUGCAGACAGCCCCGUCACCACUGCGGUUCUCCCCUGUACUCAUGACUUCUACCUCUCCCACUUCCAACAGGCAUACAGGAUGGCCUCUAGUCCCCGGGGUCUGGCCCUGGUGAUCAGCAAUGUCACCUUUGACCCGACGACUCUUGACCUGGACAAGCGUGUAGGAGGGGAAGUGGACGAGGAGGUGCUGAGGAAAGUCUUUACGGAGCUGGACUUCACAGUGAUAGUGCAUAGGAACCUCACAGCCCAGAACAUGCGGGCCUGUCUGGAGCAGUUCAGCGGGAGGCCAGAGCAUCGGAUGAUGGAUAGCUGUGCUGUGUGUCUGUUGUCUCACGGGGUUGAGGGGGCAGUGUACGGAACAGACGGUCAGCUCCUAGAGCUGGACUGGCUGUUCCAAACCUUUGAUAACGCUCAUUGCCCUCAGCUGCAGAACAAGCCCAAGAUGUUCUUUAUCCAGGCCUGCAGGGGAGAGGAGAUGGACUGCGGCAUCGACCAGUCAGACGGCUCGGAGCGCACGCAGUCCCCCGGCUGCGAGGAGAGGGACGCGGGCCGGGAAAGAGAGACCAGAGAGAGGGAGGAGAAGGAGAGAGAGCAGCUGAGAGUGAAGCUCCCCCAGCGCUCCGACAUGAUCUGCGGGUUCGCCACUCUGAAAGGCACGGCAGCCAUGAGGAACACAAAGAGGGGCUCCUGGUUCAUCCAGGAGCUGAACACUGCGCUGAGACACAGGGCCAGAGACACUCACAUCGCAGACAUCCUGGUGCAGGUGAAUGGCCGUAUUAAGCAGAGGGAGGGCUAUGCACCGGGUACCUCCUACCAUCGCUGUAAGGAAAUGUCAGAAUUCACCAGCUCCUUGUGCAAAGAUCUCUUUUUAUUCCCCAAAUACUAUCCCCAAAAUUGA